AAAACUGUUUUGAAAAUGCAGAUGUUGGUCUCUUGCUGCAGCAACGCAAGUGGGAGCACCAGGAGCUCGGGCUUGGAGCGGGACCGUACGGAUUGUUUUAAGAAAAUGGCAGACAAACCAGACAUGGGAGAAAUUGCCAGCUUUGAUAAGGCCAAACUGAAGAAAAUGGAGACGCAGGAGAACACCCUGCCGACCAAAGAAACCACUGAGCAGGAGAAGCGGAGUGAAAUUUCGUAAGAUCCUGGAGGAUUUCCUGCCCCUGUCAUCUUCGAGACCCUGGUCCUGAUGUGGAGGAAGAGCCACCUGCAAGAUGGACACGAGCCACAAGCUGCACUGUGAACCUGGGCACUCUGUGCGGAUGCCACCGGCCUGUGGGUCUCUGAAGGGACCCCCCCCAGUCGGACUGCCAAAUUCUCCGGUUUGCCCCGGGAUGUUAUAGAAAAUUAUUUGUAUGAAUAAUGAAAAUAAAACACACCUUGUGGCAAAAAAAAAAAAAAAAAAAAAAAGAAAA